CUAUGUAUUCAGCCCUGUUUUAUCUAUUCAACAUUAGAAUAGAAACUGCCAAAUUUUGUUGAAAAUUUGUCUCUUCGCAUCUGAUUUUCUAUUUUUUUUUUCCAAUUCAUUCUUCUUCAUUUCCAACACAAAAGAUGUUUCCAAUCCUUCUCGAUUCUCUCCCCUAAGAUUUUUUUAAUCUAAUUUCCAUUUUUAUUUCUUGUUUCUGAAUGGAAGUAGGCAGCGCCGGAGUCGGAGGCGGAGGCGGCGGAGGAAGAGGAGCAGGAGGAGGACAGAGGAGCCUCACACUUUUAGAACAAAUGUCAGGUGACCUAACUGGUUUAUCACUGGAUUCAAUUCUCUCCGACAAACAGAAUCAACCACAACCGCCGCCAUCAACACCACCACCACCGGCUGCGGCGUCUCCUGCGCCACCACAAAUGAACAGAACGCUACUUGAUAUAAUACGAGAUGAAGAGCCGAACGGUUCAUUAUUCGGGCAGAAGGAUAAGAAAAGCUGGAAAGCUUUCCGAGACCGUCUCCGUCUUAAACGCGCCGGCGCUGCUUGGACCUCAACAGUUCCGAUUCCGGCGUCUGAUAUUCCGAUCAACACUAACUUCGCUAACACCAACGCUUUUAACCAAACCAGAUCGUCAAUGUCUCGCCGGAGCUCCGUUCGGUUUACUACUAUAUCUUCCGUAAAUGCCGGUGAUCAGUCUCCUCGUUCAGAUAAUGAUGAGAAUAACGAUCAUUCACCUGCCUCAGCGUCUUCUAUUCCGAGGUCCGGUGCUCGACCGUUUAUGGUGCGACGAGUUUCCUCUCGGUACGGAACAUCACCGGUACCGGAUGAGAAUAUUCACGCCGUCGGAGACGAACCUCCCGCACGUAGCUUCAGACCGCAAAUGUCGCGGCAUAAUUCAUCUCGUAACUACGACUCUCCGUUUAUAGACGGCGGAGAAGACGAGAUAGCACGUGACGGUAACGGUAGUAGUAGUGGUAGCCGACGUUUAGGAGUUGUGUUAGCGGAGGAGAGACAAUUGUCGGCGAGAGAAGCCGUAGCUGCUCAGGAAGCAGCGGAGGCGGCUGCUCAAGCGGAAGCCGACGAGGAGGCGGAGGAAGGGGAGUCUCCGGAGGCGGUUGAGGAAGAAGAGGAGCAGCCGGUGAGAAUGUCGUUGAUGGAUUUGUUAGAAGAAACGGAUAGACAGCUGGGAUUUGUGGGGUCCAGAUACACUGUGGGGGAUGAUGAGGUGGAAUGUGAGGAAGAGGAAGAGGAGGAUGAUGAUGAUGGAACGAACGGUGGUGAUGGAAUUGAGCACACUUGCUGCGUGUGCAUGGUUAGACAUAAAGGCGCAGCUUUUAUCCCCUGCGGGCAUACGUUUUGCAGAUUGUGUUCAAGAGAGCUUUGGGUUCAAAGGGGUAAUUGUCCUCUUUGUAAUGGGUUUAUUGUUGAAAUUCUUGAUAUUUUUUAGAUUUUUUUUUCAAUUUUUAUUUGUUGAAAUUCAUAUCAAAUGUUAUUCACAUUCAGAAUUUAUGUAAACAUCUUGUUUGUA